UUUCUUUUUAUAGCCGUAAAGCAGGGAAUAAACACAAAUGUUAAUGGAGGAGCAAUCAGAACUUGAGGAUGGAGAGAUCGAAGACCUGAGUGAAACAGAAUCAUUCGAAGAAGUUGUUGUGAAGCCAUUAGUUACCAAUAGGUCAAAUUUUCACAGAACUCCAAACUUUCGGAACAGAAACCGUCACCAUUCCUUUGAAUCUUGGAGGCAAAGAAAAAAUAAACCUGGCUUCAGAAGAAAUUCCCAACCAGAUCCUCGCAAACAUGAAUGGGAAAAACCCAGCAAAAAGACUACUGAUGAUACAUCGAACUAUGAUAUGGAUGAUUAUGAGUUACUACUGGCACGACAUUAUUUAAUCCAACAACAAUUGCAAAAAGUUAGCAGUGAAGGUCUGACAAGGGAUAGUAAACCUGUUUCGAAUAAAAAAAAUAAGAAAACGAAUAAAAAAGCAAACCACAGCAGUGCAAUUUUAGUAAAUGAGGAACCACAAAGAUGUGAAAACCAAGUUGAGGAACAACGUUGUCAUCAUGCUGACUCAGCAGAUGAAGAUGAACUAAUGAUGUUAAGAAAUGCAUUGCUUGCACAGACUGGAAAAAGUAAAAAAGAUACAGUAAAAUCUGAAGCUACUUUAGAAAGCGAUGUGCAAGUUACACAAAAGGAGAAUGGAAAUAAAAAACUAAACAACAAUCUUGUCAGUGGAGUAUAUAAUGUUAAUAAAACUGUAGAAGACAGAAUCAUCAAUGAAGGAAAUAACAUUUCUGAAAAAUGGAAAUUGCCUCAGACAAACGUAUGUGUGCUAGUUGAGAAAAUCAAUCCAGAUACUAUUUUGUCAGUGCAAACAGACAGCAUUUCGAAACCUUCUCUACCAAGCCUAUCAAAGAGUCAAACAAAAAAAUUGAGGAGAAGAACAAAACAACAGCAUAGCAAUAUUUCUAACGAAAUUCCAAGGACCAUUCAAACAAGAUCACAAGCUGCCAGGUUCAGUGACCGUAGAGAUGCUUCUGUGAGAAGUGAAAAAAGAAAAAAUAUCACUUCUUCAACUAAGAAAAGGAGGCGUGGCGGCAGAAGAGCUAAGUAUCUUGCAUACAGAGCACAACAAAAAAUUGAGACUGAAAUGGAGUUGGAGAUACUAAAACAACAACAACAACAAGUUGAUAACUACUCAACAGUUCCAAUGGAUAUUGAAGAUGAGGACACUGCUGGCUUAUCAGAUGGAAAGGCUCCACUACCACUUAUUGAAACCACCGAAAUGAUACCACCACCGCCACCUGUCACAGAGGGAUUUCAACCAGUGCUUGAUCAGACUGCACUAUCCAUGACCAACUCAAAUGUGUUAUGGAUGCCUGGUUACGUUGAAUCGUUAGACUCAAUGGCUCAACCUUCAGUUCAUCAAGAAACUGUGGUAUCGAAACGUGAAAAAAACGAAACAAAAGAAAAAGCUUCUGAGGAUACAGACGAAAUAGAUAUUUGGGCCCUGAGGGCACAAGCCUUAAAAUCACUGGCAUGUAAAAGAGCUGCAAAGGCUAAACAAACCAACAAGCCAAAGAUUUCUACUUCUCCAGAAGGAAAACCUAUCCAACAAGUGGAGUAUAGCACAACGCCUAUCUUACCAACACCUGCUAUUAAGCCUUCGUCACCUUUUCCAGUGAUCACCAAAAUAAAUAAUUAUAUUGCACCACCUCAACAUCCACCAGUAAUAAUCAAACUUAGCAAAGAAGAUUUUGAACCUGAUGAAGACACUCUCCGCAAGCGCAAUGACAUUAUGCAGCAUCAAAGUUUGAGGAGUAUUUUACGGGAAAAAAGUGACCAAGCAAAGAAAAGGCGUAAAUCUGUUGGUGAUGAUACCUUGUUGAAAGAGUUGCAGAGUAUUGCGGAAAAAGCAAGCCAGAAAAUGAAAAAACACAGCUCAUACAUAGUAAAGGAUCAGCUGGAAUACAAAAGACUGCAAUCUGCUAUUUCAGAAAAACGCAUGUUAUUUGAAAAGCAGAGUCUUGAGGUAAAACAGUUGCAAGAAAAACUACAACUUGCUACAAAGGAAAAAGCUGCAACACGGAGAGUGCAUAAUAAAUUCUAUAGCCAGAUUAAAGAGGUGAAAGAUCAGUUAAAAGAGAAAAUUGCUCUCAAGAAAAUGACUGAUGAAGAAAUUUUAAGAGCAAGAAGUAUAGUCAGUGUGAACAGGCUGAAGUUGAAUGGAAAAGGUACAAUUACCGAAAAAAUGAAAGAGAAUAUAUCUACAUUGGUGAGGUCACUUCAAACAUCUCACCAGCAAUUGACGAAGUAUGAAAGAUUAAAUGAAAGCACGCAGUCUUCACAAGAUGAAUCAGAUUUCUCAGCUGGCCAACCCGUGUCUCGCUCAGCCAAGUUAAUGGAAACUGCAGCUAACGUUAAGAAAAUGACUAAACAAGACCUUACAAUACUGGAAUUGCAAUUACGUGAACAAUUGAAUAAAUAUCGUGCUGCAUCUAUGGGAAGCACAACUCAAACUCUUAGCAAAAGCGUUAAAUCGACAGACAACAAGGAGACUUCCAGUCAACUUUCAUUGUUGAGCUUACCUCGGAUCAAAUCAUCAAAAGAUUUAAAGGAACUGCAGGAAAGAUUGUCGAAAAGUCUAUCAAUAAGUGGGCCAAGGCGCUGCUGUAACUCCACCCUACAAGAAUCCUUGCAAUGGAAGAAAAACGCAUCCAUUCUAAAAACUUUAAAAAUCAGUGGGACACAGCCUAAAUCAUUUACAGCAGAUGUUGACGGUUUUUGUUCGGAUGGAAAAAAAUUACUUACAAAGUACAAGAGCGUACUUCUUCGAUUCAGAUCAUAUAGGUUAAGUCCAUAUUUCCGGACUCAAUCAAAACUCUCCAUUCAAUCGCCCACAUUUUCACAUCUAAUCGAUCCGAAAAAAAUCAUGUGCAAAUUCGAUUUACUUGGGACGUGCAAUGACAACAAGUGUUUUUACUGGCACUUCAAAGAAAAAUGUCAACUUUCCUCUGAUGACAUUAUAAAGGACUUGGUGGCAUAUGAUUUCCGUUCUUUUAACGCAACGGUUGAGAUGAGUGGAGAGAAGAAAAGAAAGUUGCUGGAAUCGUUUACGAAACAGUUCACUGAUCACUACAGUGGAAAGAUGAGCUCGGACGAAAAACUGUUGCUUCUUUGGAACCAGUUGAAGGAGACUAGACAUUCUCGAAAGGAGACUGUGUACGAGUGUAUAACAUUUAACAAGAGGGAUUGGUUGACGCCGAAUAAAAAUGCAUCGAUUAACUUUUCUGUGAGCGACCAACAAGCAGUCGAGCAAUACACUGCAAAUAAUCCUGUAUAUCAUUUAAAAAAGAAAAAGAAGAAGACAGAAGAAUCAAAUGUUGGCGAAACUGCAGAAAGCCAAGAAGUUCGUUACUUUUCUUCCCAAUACGAUUCCACAAAAGUGUUAAAAGCAGGGCUUGCGGAGAACCCAUCAGAUGUAAAACUCUGGUUGGCCUUAGCUAAUCAGUUGUUAAAACGAACCAUCAAAACACAAGAUCAAGACGAAAACGAAAAUCUUGCAACUGGUAGUAGUGAAGAGGCUCUCAGUGUGUUAUCGCAAGGCCUCGAAGAAAACCGUGACUCUGAGGACUUAUGGAUCCCCUACUUGCACUUAUUCGCAACGAAUAGUACAUCCAGUGAACUGCGUGAGUUGUGUUACCAAGCUGUUAUGUAUGCUGCCACUUAUAAUGUUUGGUGGACUUGCUUGAACCUGGAGACGACACAUCUAGGCAAGCAAGAAAUAUGCACAGAGAUGAUUAAGUUUAUCGUGGAAAGCGAAGAAGACAGAAAUACGAAGUCGCAUUAUUUGUUAGAGACUGUGCUGUACGCAGCUCAAUUGUUGACUUGCCGUGGAAAGAUCGCCACCGCCAUUACCUAUCUCUCGGCCGCAUUGAGCAGAGACGAAGUGGUAGACGACGCCGAAAAAUUAGACAUGCGUGGCGUCAGGUCAUACUUGACGAGCUUGGACCAGUCAGUUCUGUGGUUGUGUUUCAUUUCAUUACAAGUAUUUCACUGUCUGCCCAGUUGCUUGUUUAAAGCUGAAGAAAAUGCUCCCGGUAGACUUGUAUGCAAAGAAAAAUUCUUGUUGCAGUGGGACGCAAAACCCUGGAAUUUACAGGAAGCGAAAAUUAGAGAGCUGUAUGAAGCUGCACUUCAACCGGAAGCCGAAACAUGCGUCACGCCUUUAAAAACGUCGAUGAUGUUAUACGAAAACUUAAUCGCAUUUGAACUUUUUCUUGGCAAUGUUAAAUCAGCCGUGACUAGAAUGCGCACGUUACUAAGCGAGAAACCAUCGUUUGUCGAAGGGUGGGUUCUUCUACUCUCGUUGUACAUCCAUCGUUCUCCCAUGGAUGCCGUUGUAACAGUUGCGGAAGAUGCUAUCCACAGAUGUGAACAUGAUGUUGAGAUAGUGUACGUGUACACGAACUGGUUGUACAAACAGGGUAUGCCCAGCUUGGCUCUUGAGAAGUUGACAAAAUGCAUCCACGUCUACUUUCAAUUCGACGAGAACGACGAAGUUCUUCCCGAUGUGUUGCACUUAUAUAGAAAAGUGUUAGGUUUACCGGUUCCUUAUACGAUCAGUUUGCCAACAUACUUACCAAGCCUCCAGAGUUCACAACAUCUUGUGUACUAUUAUUGGUCCUGUUACUGCCUCCUACUCAAGAUAAAGAAGGUAGCACCGUCAAUGCUUACAUUUGCGUCGGCUACCGACGAAGCAUACGAAUCGGCUGUACACCAGUACACGUCCUUGGAAAAUAUGAAAAAGCUUUGGAUGGCUUACAUCGAGCACAAGAUACACACAGUCAGCCAAAUGGCUUCUGUUUCAGUAAAAGAUUAUGAAGAACUUGAGGAGCUGCUGUUUCGUUCUUUGUCGUGUGUCCGAUCGAGUGUAUUGGUACCGUUUAAUAAAAGCUUGACUUGGGAAGAUUUUUCAUUUCAUAACAAGAUGUUGGAAUUAUGUUUGAUGGUGAUACCGAUAGAAAACCAUUCUAAGAUCUUCCGAAAGGCAAUUAAUCUCAUGCCGGACAAUGUGGAGUUAGCUAUCAGAAUCUGUCAACAUGAAAUGCGAACGGAAAAUUACGAACAAGCACGGAUUGUGUGCGGGUCCGUAUUAUCCAGCAACACGAGAUGUCUGAACUUGUGGAGGACGGCGAUUCAAGUUGAGCUAAAAUGUAACUGUAUAAAGGAGGCUCGUUGGUUAUAUCAAGAGGCUACGAAAUCACUUCCGCUCUGUUCACACCUGUGGAAAGACUACGCUUCUUUCGAAAUCAUACAUUCAGCAACAGUGAAAUUAGACGAGAUUUUGUCCGACAUUGUCCGCAGUGCAUCCGAACAUGGAGUCGAGUUGAAAGAAAUGCUUGGUAGUUACGCUGUGAGGUGACCCGAAGGUUUUAUUUCUGAGUAUAAAACGACUUCCCCUGGUGACUAAGCUGAGCGAGUGAUCGUGUGUGAGUUAAUAUUAUUUGAAGCUUACUUGAGAGUGACAUACGGUAAGGUGUCAUUCUACUAACAGCUUCUUCUACACGCCACACGAAAUUAUUACCCUUGAAGACUUUCAUUUCGAUGAAUUUGGUGUUGGUGAAUCAAAUAUAGGUAUAAAAAUAUAUUUGAGCUGAAACACAAGAAGACGACCACAUACGAAGAACCGUGAUUGUCUGACAAAAGUAAAUAAAAGUAUUCAUCAAGUUACCAUUUAAGCGAGAAAAAGUUUUGGUUUGAUUGGCAACAGAAACAUAGAAUGACUUACUUUUUAAACAUAAACGAAAUAAAUUUCUUAAUUCGUUUAUUUUAUAAUCAAUCUAUCUAUAAUGUCUCAAAAAUUAAUUUUUUGUUAGAUUACAUCAAUUAGACGUUCUGCUUAUUAUAAUGACCGAGUUACACCCAGGUCGUUUUGCAUAGUCAGCAUUUUUUAUACAUACGUUUUAUAGAGUUUUAAUAUUAUUUAAAUGUAUAUAUAUAAAUGUAUAUUGCGUUUACACGUGUUUUCAAUACUAUUUUGUAUAUUAUAAAGUGAAAAAUAUUGUUUAACGUUCAA